AUGCUCGUCCAAUUGUCCAGAGCCACUCGCGCCGCUUCGGCUGUCUCUCGGCUGGCGAGGCCCAGCGCCGUCCAGAUGAGGGGAUUCAUCGCUCCCACCGUCUCCCGCAGAGCCGACUUCGUCCAGGAGCUCUACCUCAAGGAGCUCAAGGCCUACAAGCCCACCCCCAUCAAGGAGUCCGACUCCCAGGGCCAGGUCCAGACCUUCUCCAUCCCCGCCACCCCCAAGUCCCCCGAGGAGGCCGACCUCGCCGCCAGCCUGAAGGAGUACGAGAGCAUGGCCGUCGAGGUCGAGGGCCAGGACGCCACUGCUGCCGCCAACGGCGAGCCCGUCAAGCACGACUGGCUCAUGAUUGAGGAGGACGAGGAGGAGCCUCACCACUAG